AUGGAAGAUACUGAUGAUUGGACGUGUGAAACAUGGAAUGAAGCUGGUGAAUCAACACAAACAGUUCAUGUAAUUGUUAAAGAUAAACGUGGUAAAGCAAAACAUGUAAGAAAAUCACCUACAAAAACAGCUCCAAAAACUAAUGAAGAAUCAAGUAAAAAAGAUCAACGAAAACAAGCACUUGAACAAGAAAAAAUUCAAACAGCAAUACCAACAAUAGAAACAUUACCUGCAACUAAUGUUGUAGAAGAUGAUCAGUGUGUACCUUCUAUUGAGAAAUCCGGAUGUAAAGCAGAUGGUUUUCGUCAUUCUAAACCAGCUGAUAAAGUUAAACGUGUAUCACAAGCAAAACUUGAUAUAAUAGUAGAAUGUCAAUUAAAUGCAUCAAAGCCACAUCAACAUAAAGUACGUGAACCGCUUGAAACACAUACAGAACCACUUGCAUCGUUUUUUUUGUUGAAAAAUCAGAAAUUACGAAUGCGAAAGAAGUUUUAUUUAAGACUUAAAAAUAAAGUUGAAAUAUUUUAUGGUUUAAAAUAUCAUUUUGAUUUAAGUCGAGCUAAACAAAUAUUAACUAUUGAUAAAUUACAUCCUGAUGAUUCAAGAAAAUAUGUUUGUCGUGUCAAUGAUAUUGAAACAUCUGCAUGGCUUGAAGUAACAUUGUUUUUGGCUGCUAAACCAUUAUAUAAUUUUUAUAAAGAAUUGCUAGAUAAAAUGGAAGUAUUUCGAACGAAACAAACUAUACUUGAGUGUUGUAUUAAUGAUCUAAAAGGCAUCUGUUAA